UUCCCAUGCUAUUGGUUUCUACUUUCCAUAAAAUCUGCGUAAAUUACAUUAAUCCAAGAAGAUGUUUCUCAUUUACUUUCAAAAUCCCCCCUCAUUAGUCAGCAAAUCCCCCAUUAAUUAAUAGCCAGCCUUAUUUGGCUAUUUCUCACCAAAUACCCACGAAAACUUGAUGCGUUAAACAAGGUAAAUUUUCAAACGUUUGUAAAGCUAGUUGCCUUGUAAAUAAUUUAUAAACCGCUCAAGAGCUCUCUCUCUCUCUCUCUCUCUCCCAUGGUUUUAGACUUGAUAUGCCUACCCCCAAAGUAAACACAGAGCCUGAAAGAAAAAAUGUCCAAGAAGCUUCAGAAAUCUCUCCAGGAUUACCUCGCCAAGAUGAAAAAACCCUCCCCAACUACUCAGUUCCCAUCGAACUCACUCUCUUCUUCCAAAAAAUGGAUCCUGAAAGGCUGCAAACACCCCAAAACCCUUUCUUUUGCUGUCAAUCAUGACAGAAAUGAUCAAGGAACUUGUGACAACGAUGAUGCGGCUACGCUUUCCGAUGUUGAUCGUUUUCUCUUUGAGAAUUUCAAGUCGUUAUAUAUCAAAGACGACGACGAAGAGGUUAAUGAAAGCAGAGGUGUUAGAGAAGAUCGUGAAGAUCAUCAUCAAGUGAGAAGCCCUGGUGGGAUUUUGUUUGAAUCGCCAAGGUUUGUUGAUCCUCCGCCAGACCUUUGCGGGUCCAACAGGUUCUUCGUGGCUACGGGGUUGUCGAGUUCGCUUAUCGAGGAGGCUCGGAGCAGUGCCGUGACUAACACCACCAUGUCAACAUCGGAGGACGUGGGGUCAACCUCGACCUCAACUUCAACCAACGCUACUGCCAAUGACUCCAACAGCUGUGGUGGCGAUCAUACCAAGUGUCCGAGCAUUCCUGACGAAUGCAUUGCGGUUUUAACGUAUUCUCCGAACCCGUACGAUGAUUUUCGGCGUUCAAUGCGAGAAAUGGUGGAAGCAAGGCUGCAACAUCAUUCCACAAUCGAUUGGGAUUUCAUGGAAGAGCUUUUGUUUUGUUACUUGAACUUAAACGACAAGAAAUCUUACAAGUUCAUCUUAAGUGCUUUCGUUGACCUGAUCGUGACUUUGCGUCAAAACGAGAGGAAGAUUCCGGCGAGGUCUCGGAAUUCUAAGGCUGUAAGAGAUAGGAGAUCUAGGAGAACAAGGUAUAACAAUGUAACGUAAGGAUUUGGCAAUCGGGUUUGUUUCUUUCCUUAGACGGGAAAAACAAGGGAGGGUGAGUGAUGAUGGGGGUGAUUUAUUGUUGUUGGGUUCAAAACUGUUUUGAGAAAUUGGAUUUUAUUUGGUCAUGUUGUUGAUGCAAAUAUUUUAUACAGAGAGAAGAGUGAAGAGUGGCUU